UUAAGUAUGCUGCAUAUCGAGGCUCUCUCUGUGUUUUCAUCUGACACGAGCUGUUCUUUACUCGCUUGCACCAAGAACUAGCUCGCCUCUUUCUAUGCAGAUGCACAUGCUAGCGCAUGGCCAUUCAUGUGCCUGCCUUUGUUAGGUGAGCCAAAGAAAUCUUGCUUGGUCGUCUUCUUUGUAGCUAGCUAGCUUCACUCGUCUGAGUUCUUCUCUUCACUCCAAACACACAAGCACCAAAGAGAGAUACAGUGCAGUGACAAGGAAUAGCUACCGGCCGGCAAUCAAUGGCGCCUGUGGUUAGCGCUGCACUCGGCGCCUUGGGUCCCCUGCUGGUGAAGCUCAGCGGCCUGCUCGCCGGCGAGUAUGGCCGCCUCAAAGGGGUCCGCCGUGAGAUUCGCUCCCUAGAAUCUGAGCUCACCAGCAUGCAUGCUGCCUUGGAAGAGUACACUAAGCUGGAAGAUCCAAGUGGGCAAGUGAAGGCAUGGAUAUCUCUGGUGCGGGAGCUGGCAUAUGAUACCAAGGACAUCUUCGACAAGUUCAUCCAUCACCUUGGUAAGCGUGGUCAUCGUGGUGGUUUCAAGGAGUUCUUGCGCAAGAUAACUCUCCCUCUGAAGACGCUUGGAGCUCGGCGUGAAAUCGCCGACCAAAUCGAUGACCUGAAGGAUCGCAUCAAGCAAGUGAAAGAUCUCAAGGAUAGUUACAAGUUGAAUGAUGUUCCUUCGAGCACGACUGGCCAUCUGGCCGUGGAUCCCCGACUGCAUGCAGUCUUUGCUGAGGAGGCACACCUUGUGGGCGUGGAUGGUCCAAGGGAUGAUCUUGCCAAGUGGAUGGUGGAAGAAGGAAACAACUCAUCCAAACCUCGCAAGGUGUUGUCUAUUGUUGGUUUUGGUGGAUUGGGAAAAACAACACUGGCAAAUGAGGUCUAUCGCAAGAUUCAAGAGCAAUUUGAUUGUAAGGCUUUCGUAUCGGUCUCGCAAAAACCAGACAUAAAGAAAAUUAUGAAGGAUGUGAUCUCUCAAGUGUCAUGCCAAGGUGGAUCCACAAAAGAUACUAGUGAUUGGGAUGAAAUUAAGUCCAUUUCAAAGCUAAGAGAACUACUGCAAAAUAAAAGGUAUCUCAUCAUCAUUGAUGAUGUAUGGUCUGCACAAGCAUGGAAAACUAUCAAGUGCGCUUUCCCAGAGAACAAUUGCUCUAGCAGAAUUAUAGUUACUACACGCAUCAUUGAUGUAGCCAAGUCAUGUUGUUUGGGAGGUGAUGACCAGAUGUAUGAACUAAAAUCCCUAAGUGAUCUCCACUCUAGAAUAUUGUUUUUCACAAGAAUAUUUGGCUCCGGGAAAAAUUGCCCUGACAUGUUGGAAGAAGUUUCAAAUAAUAUUCUAAAGAAAUGUGGAGGCCUACCAUUGGCAAUUAUAAGUAUAGCUGGUUUACUAGCAAACCGACCAGUUAUCAAGGAAGAGUGGGAGAAGGUUAAGAGGUCAAUUGGUUCUGCACUGGAGAAAACUAAGAGUCUAGAGGGCAUGAGUAGCAUACUAUCUCUGAGCUAUAAUGAUCUUGCACCUAAUCUCAAGACGUGCUUGUUGUAUCUAAGUUUAUUUCCCGAAGACCAUGUGAUUGAGAGAACUAGGCUAGUGAGGCUAUGGAUAGCAGAAGGCUUCAUCUCUGAAGAGCGUGGACAGAGCAAGCAAGAGGCCGCUGAGAAUUACUUCUAUGAGCUUAUCAACAAAAGUAUGGUUCAACCAGUGGACAUUGGCUUUGAUGGUAAGGUUCGAGCAUGUCGAGUCCAUGACAUGAUGCUUGAACUUAUUAUUUCAAAAUCAGUUGAAGAUAAUUUUACCACUAUGGUAGGUGGAGGCCAAAGUUUGAAAAAUCAACAGGGUUUUAUUCGGCGGCUAUCAAUCCAGUACAUUGACAAGGAACUUGCAUCUGCACUGGCAAAUCUAGAUCUAAGCCAUGUUCGAACUUUGAUAGUAAUGCCAUCAUGUUGCAUCGAACACAUGCCAAGGCUUGAUCUGUUUGAAGCUUUACGUGUUCUUGAUUUUGAAGGUUAUGAGGAUUUAAAGGACUUUGAUAUGAACGGUAUGGAAAAAUUAGUCCAACUAAAGUACCUCAACUUUAGGGGCAAAUAUAUAUCAAAGCUACCAUCAGGAAUCGUGAUGCUAACUAAUCUAGAGACCCUAAUUUUUGGGUAUACACGUGAUCAAGAGUCGCCUGCUGGCUUUGGCCGGCUAACUAAACUUGAACACCUACAAGGAUAUUGGUUGACUCUAUCAGAUGGGAUUGGGGAUAUGAAGAACUUACAGUUGAUGUCAGGCUUGGUUAUUACCUCCAGUAUAACGGAUGUGUUGGAGGAUCUCGGGAGCCUAACAAGUUUGAAGGAGCUCAAGGUUUGUCUCCGCCUUGCAAACGGAAUAUCUGAUCUAGUAUCUUGCGAGGACAAGAGAUGUGAAGAGGCGUUCCUCUCCUCACUGUGCAAGCUUGGUACCUGCAAACUCCGAUCUUUGGAUAUAACACCGAGCGGUGCUUCCCUUGACUUCUUAGAUUCUUGGUGCCCUCUGCCAUCUUCUCUUCAAAGGUUUUACACGCACUACAUGGAUUCGUUCACCAAGUUUCCAAAGUGGAUUACACCAGCACUCACUAACCUUGCCGACCUGGGCAUCUGCAUAGCUGAAAUGACAGAAGAUGAUCUGGUUACUCUUGGGCAGCUCCCAUCCUUACUUCGCCUGUUCCUAUGGCCAUCAAAUAAGUUGGUUGGCACAAUCCAACGCAAUUCUUUCCUGAAUCUGAAGGUUUUGGACUUCGAAUUUAAGACUAAACGAGCAUAUGUUACGUUUGUGGAAGGGUCUGCGCCCAAGCUUGAGGAACUUACCAUCACAUUCAGUGUGUCGGCAGCAAAAGCUAAUGACUUCUAUUCAGGCAUUGAGCAUCUCUCAUCUCUCAAAGAAGCUAGGAUAUAUCUUGAUGAUGAAGAUGCGACACGUUCAGAAUGCAAGGCUGCAGCUGCUGAGAUCAGGAAUGAAGCGGGUGUCAAUCCCAACCAUCCUGCACUUAUUAUUGAGAGGGAACCAAAGGGAGAGGACGAUGAAGAGGCCAGUGGUAGUAACGAGGAGAAGAGCAAGGGAGUUUCUGAUGAGGUUUAAAAUGGGAUGGUCACAUUUCUGGUUCAACUUUCUCUUGUAAGAACAUAGUCACAUUUUAAUUUUCCCCAAAAUACAUCUGUGUCCCGAGCCACUUCUGGGUUUUUCAGACUCACAUGCUUUACGGCUUCCGUUUUGCCAACCCAAGGUAUGCUGUGCGGCUGGAGCUUGGAAUGUCAUACCCAAGGAGGCACUCUGCAGCACACUUGUCGUUGAGUCUCAACUAAAGCUAAAACAGAGACACCUCCAAGAAAAAGCGGUCUUAUGUUUCUGUCAACUGAAGUUGCUACUUCGCUACAUACAGUGUUUGAUUGCCACUGUCCCUUACUUUGAUGAUUCAGAUUUAAGCUCUGUUACCGCUAAUAAUUAAGGUUCCCACUAUCAGACAUUGUAGUCUGAAAACGUACGCUGUUCUUUAUUUGCUCAUACUCUGUCCCCAGAAGCUUUUAUGCAUUUGGUAGGACCUAAGCUCCAUUUGCAUUCAGGAAUAUUCCUGCUGAAUACUUGAUUUCUGUACGUUUCAUAAAAUUGACGAAAAAAUGGGGUUGUGUUUCCCUUG